CUCAGAUCUCUCCAUUUUAUUGGAUUAAAAGCUGUCAUUAAAACAUUAGGCAGUUCGAGUUUUUGCAGCUGCAAUUUUUAUCCGUACAAUAUUUAGCUGUCAAAAUAAAUCGUGCUCUCAGUUUUCAUAAUUCUAUUUAUUGAUUUAAAUUUAGGAAAAUGAUCAAACUUUUUUCAUUAAAACAACAAAAAAAAGAUGAAGAAGGUACAGCAAGAGCUGGAGGCUCACAAAAGAAAGCAUCAGCAGCACAAUUACGAAUCACAAAAGAUUUAAAUGAAUUGAAUUUGCCAAAAACCUGCAGCACAGAAUUUCCAGAUCCAGAUGACUUGCUUAAUUUCAAACUUAUAAUAUGCCCAGAUGAAGGCUUCUAUAGAGGCGGUAGAUUUGUAUUUAGUUUUAAGGUAGGACCAAACUAUCCCCAUGAACCGCCCAAAGUGAAAUGUGAAACAGCAGUCUACCACCCCAAUAUAGACUUGGAUGGCAAUGUCUGUCUUAAUAUACUCAGAGAAGAUUGGAAACCAGUUUUAACUGUUAACUCCAUAGUUUACGGACUACAGUAUUUAUUUUUGGAACCGAACCCCGAGGACCCAUUAAACAAGGAAGCCGCAGACGAGCUCCAAAGCAACAGGCGGCUAUUCGAGCAACACGUGCAGAGAGCCAUGCGCGGCGGCUACGUCGGCUCUUCGUACUUCGAACGGUGCCUCAAAUGAAACUCACCACAAUUAUUGUACAUUACGCCACGCUAUAUAAAUAAAAAAAUCUCAUUUUAUUUUUAAGAACGUUUGAUUUGGGUUUUUAAUUUACGGUUAACACAACUUUUUUUCCGUGAUAGUAAUGAAUAAGUGGCAUAAUAUUGGUUUUGAGAUUUUUCUGCACUCCUUGGAGUGCUACUGCAAUAACGCAAACUGGAAAUAAUCAGGGUUGCCACCUUUCUGGGUAAGGAAAGUAGAACAAUUACAUGGACCAUACAAUUUAGAAAACUAUGUUAUUUUCUAUAUUUUCUGGUAUUAUUUUUAGUUACUCAAGAUAAAUUUAAACAUUUCAGUGUCUCUCUUGUAGAUACUAACAAAUUCCGAAAGAUAAUUAUGUGUCUAUAAAAUUGUUUGAUGAAGGUUUCGUGAGAAACAGCGAUUGAACGUUCUUACCGAAAACAAAACCAUAUAGUUAUGCUGUCGGGACCCGGGUGAAUACCGUUAAAAAUCGGGACGAGCU